AUGGAGCUGUGCGCAAUUCGAGCCAUCUCGAACCUUCCUAUACCGCACCAUAGGUCUAUCAAUCCAGUCCACACUCAGUCCCGUUACUCUCCGCUGCUCAAGCAUAAUCGCUUGAACAUAGGGUUGCGAUGCUAUAAAAGUUCAUCUCCGACAUCAGAGGAAACUUCAAUUGAAGCACCCUCUUAUGUCAAAGAUGGCCCCGAUAGUGUGAUAACUGUCGAAGACGUUCGACCAGUUGAAAAUAAUGAAGAGUACAAUCUAGCAACUCAGAGCAGUGAAAAGCCACAAGAGGAUUCUUUUGUGGAUAACCCAAUGAAGGUGUUCGAGUUCUUGGAAAACCUUGAUUUCGACUCUGAUGAUACGUAUUCACUCCUAGCAUUUGGCGGUGGUGCAUUGGUUGCAGUUUGGCUGGCAUCUGCUGUUGUUGGUGCUAUUGAUUCUAUUCCAGUGUUUCCUAAAGUGUUGGAGCUUGUUGGUCUUGGAUACGUGAUCUGGUUCAGUACCCGCUAUCUAAUUUUCAAGGAAAAUCGGGCAGAACUGGUUGCUAAAAUUGAACAAAUCAAGGAUCAGGUUAUUGGUCCAUAG